AUGCCGGCUCGAGGCGGGCGGAUUCCAGAUCUGGCCUCGUCCAGCUCCACACUCAACCUUUUCCGACACUGCUCCCACGCCACCGCUCGUCGCGCACGGGCACGCGCCCACUCUGCGGAUCAGCACAUGCAACCCGCACCUUUCACCAGGCAAUCACGCGUUCACUCGCCCUCGAUGUGGAGCCGACUGCGAAAUUUUGGACUUCCUCUCUCCACCUCUCGUCGGUGCCUCCGCCUGACGGGCCGUCGAGCCAUUCCUGCCUUGCUCGGCAUUUCCCCAUCGUCGUCACUGCAUCCAAAACCCAACUGGAGCUCCGCCUGGCGUCUUGCAUCCAUUCGAGCCGCCAGGCACUUGCGCACGGCUUGCUUUUUGGCCAUCGAUCCCAUCCCUCCUCCCAGCCCGCCCAGACCCCACGGUGAGACAGCCCCCCGCCCCGCCACUCUUGCAUCCGACUCCUCGUCGUCGUCCUCAUCGUCGCCGUCUCCGUCUCCGAAAAGCUUCCCCGCCCUCGAGUUCCCAAUAAAACCCCAGCACCCACUUCAUCCCAUCCACCCGGAUCCCUUCUUCUUCUUCUUUGUUCACCACCAUCAUCCCCUUUCCGCCCUCUUUCCUGCCUGCGCUCACUUCGCCGUCUUUGGUCGCGAGCCGAUCGUGCGCUUCCGCUUUCGCUCCGUCUACUGCCUUCCCGCUCUCUUGGCAAGACAGCAGUCGUUCCAGCUCCAUCAGCAGCAGGACCGCGAACCUAGCCAGUUUCGCUCCCCCAACUCCCACUUUCCUCCGUCUUCUUCGCCCAACAAGGCGCAGCCGGUAGCCAAGAUGUCCACCAUCACCAACGAGUACGGCGAGGACAUCCUACCAGCCUACAGGGGCAACCUCACCAAGGACCAGGAGAAGGACCUUCGAGAGAUCUGGCGACGUCUCGGGGAGCUCUUUGAAAAGAACAAAGAGGUCUCGGAGAAGGUCUGGCAGCAGGGCGGCCCCGCCAAGCUCCCCAAGGGCAACACCUCGGCACCCAAGAACGAAAAGGAGGCCGGCAAGGACAUUCCCAAGGAUGACAAGGCAAAGGAGGAGGCCAAGAAGGCCGAGGAGAUGAAGGAGAUGAACGAAUUCAUCGACAAGUACGGCGGACCCAUCCUCCGCGAAACCGUCUGGGAGUUCACCAAGAUGGACCACCCAGACACCUCGGUCCUCCGUUUCCUCCGUGCGCGCAAGUGGGACAUUGACCGUGCCCUCGCCAUGUUGGCCGCCGCCUGCAAGUUCCGCCUCGAGAAGGACGUCGCAGGCAUCAUUGAAAAGGGCGAGGACGGCCUCAAGGACGUGCCCGGUUUCAUGAACCAGAUGCGCCGCGGUAUCUCCUACAUCAAGGGCUCCACCGACAAGAUGGAGAACCCCAUCUACUUUAUCCACGUCGCCCGCCACUUCACCAGCGCACAGAAGCACGAGGUCCUCCAGGACUACGUCCUCCUCGCCAUGGAGAACGCGCGCCUCAUCACCACCCCUCCCUACGAGAAGGCCGUCGUCGUUUUCGACAUGGCCGGCUUCGGUCUCAAGAACAUGGACUGGCAGUGUGUGCUCUUCCUCGUCAAGUGUCUCGAGGCCUACUACCCAGAGUCGCUCCAGCGCAUCUACGUCCACGGCGCUCCCUGGAUCUUCAAGGGUAUCUGGCAGGUGCUCCAGCCCAUGCUCGACCCCGUCGUGCGCGACAAGAUCAAGUUCUCCAGUAAGGCAAAGGACCUCGAAGAGCUCGUCCCCGCCUCCAAGAUCCGCAAGGGUAUGGGCGGCACCAUGGACUGGGACUGGGACUACAUCGAGCCCCAGGCCGGCGAAAACGACAUCAUGAAGGACUCCAAGUCGCGCAAGAAGAUCGAGGCCGAGAUGAAGGAGCUCACCGACGAGUUCGAGAAGGUCACCGUAGACUGGUUCACAAACACCACCUGCGACGACGACGAUCCCGAUCUCGCCUACAGGCGCGAGGUGCUCGCCAACCAGAUCCGUCUCAAGAACUACCAGCUCCAGCCCUUCGUCCGCGCCAAGAACAUCUACCAGCGCUCUGGCCUCAUGACCAUGGACGGCACCGUCAACUGGGAGUACCCGCAGACCAGCGGCAAGCCUCUCACCCAGACCGUCAACGACCGCCACAACUACGGCUCCAUCAUCAAGUGGCUCAAGGAGCACAACGAGGACACGCUCGAGGACUCGUUCGGCCACCAGAAGCUCGCUGAGAUCUGCACCGACGGCACCAUCAAGAAGUCGUACGGCGAUGCAAAGGGCGGCAAGGGCGACAAGGGUGAUGCCUCGUCCAAAAAGUCGUCGUCCAACAAGAAGGGCGCUGCCGCCGGUGCAGCCGCCGCUGCGGGCGCCGCUGCUGCUGGUGCUGGCGCUGCCAAGGCUUCCAAGAGCAAGAAGAAGGCGCGCGAGCCCGAGCCCGAGCCCGAGGAGUCCGACGAGGACGGCUUCGAGGACCCAGAGUCUGAGCCCGAGCCCGAGCCCGCCCCGCGUGCCAAGCGCUCGCCCUCGGCCAACAAGUCGCUCGCUCGCAAGCCCAGCCAGAAGGCCGAGCCCGAGCCCGAGCCAGAACAGGAAGAGGAGCCCCAGCAGGCCCAGAGCUACACUGGCGCCGCUGUCGGUGCCGUGGCUGGUGUUGCCGCCGGUGUUGGUGGCGCUGCCGCCGCUGGCCUCAGCUACCUCCGUGGCGGCAACCGCAACAACGGUGCCAACGACGAGCCUCAGCACGCCGAGUCGGAGGAGGAAGAGGAGGACGACGGCGAGGAUCACGGUGUCGCACGCCCCGGUCAGCGCCAGACCCCUCGCACCGUCGACCACUACCCGGACGAGGACGAGGAGUUCGACGAGGAGGACUCGCCCGACGACGACCAGAUGUCGGCCUACUCGGACGAGUCGAUCACGCCCGAGACCGCCGUGCGCCCGGACCACGUCAAGGCCAAGAUCAGCGCCUCGGACUGCCGCAUCGACGACAACGACUGCCGCGAGGACCUGGCGACGGUGCGCGAGGCCAUGGCGCUCUUCCUCAACUCGCGCAUGCGCGAGGCCGAGGAGCUGUGCAUGGAAGGUGCCAGCACGCGUCUGUACAAGGCCGAGGGCAUGGCGCUCAUCAACUCGGUCAAGUCGAUCAUGACGUUUGAGCCCACCGACUUUGAGACGGCCAUCAUGUGCUGCCAGCACUCGAUGAAGAUCGCCGGCUUCCUGCGCAAGAAGCAGGGCGCCAUCGGCAAGCUCAUUGGCGGCGGCAAGAUGGCCAACUACAGGUCCAUGAGCCUGGUCCAGCUCCACGCCGAGCUCGUGUUUGCCGAGUCGCAGCUGCUCAAGUCGGUGCUCGGCAUCUUCUACUCGGGCGACAGCAUCGGCUUUGUCAAGCAGGCGCUCGGCCUGCGCUCGGCCUACUUCCUCGUGCGCGAGCUCUUCAAGUUUGUCGAGGCCGUCGAUGCCGAGGCCGAGGAGGCCGAGGUGUCCGGCAAGCGCUCCAACGCCAUCCACCUCGACCAGGACUUCCGCUCCGGUGUCUACCUCGGCAACGCCGUCUGCUCGCUCGUGCUCUCGAUGCUGCCCACCAAGACGCUCAAGAUCAUGGAGGGCUUUGGCUUUGUCGGCGACCGCAAGUUCUCGCUCGACCUCUUCGCACGCGCCGGUGGCUGGAGCAAGAGCAAGCCGCUGCCCACCAUCUCGGCUGACGAGGAGGGUGUGCGUCGCCCGCUCUGCGACAUUGUCAUCCUCAUGUACCACCUGUGGAUCUCGAGCUACAUCCCCGUGACGGAGCUCGACUUUGAAUUUGCCGACAAGGUGCUCUCGUGGAACCUGGUGCGCUUCCCCAACGGUAUCUUCUACCUCUUCUGGUCCGCCCGGCUGUACGCUGCGCAGGCGCUGCCCGAGAAGGCGAUCGAGUACUACCGCAACGCGAUCGAGUCGCAGCGCGAGUUCAAGCAGCUGCACCACCUGUGCUUCUGGGACCUCUCGCUCACCUACCUGUGCACGUGCGACUUUGCGCGCGCGUACGAGUGCUACGACGUGCUCUCGCGCGAGUCGAACUGGUCCAAGGCGAUCUACCAGUACGCCAAGGCGGUCAUGCUCUACGAGACGGGUAUGGACGACCGCGCCAAGAGCGCCACGAUCAUGCGCACCGUCGGCAAGCUCACCAAGAAGGUGGCCGGUCGCCAGAUCCCCUUCGAGAGGUUUGUGGCGCUCAAGGCCAAGAAGUACAUUGCGCAGCAGAACCGUCUGCCGCUGCCCGGUCUCGAGUUCUCGUACCUGUGGCACUGCAUCGGCCAGACGCCCGUGUUCCUGCUUGUCGAGAAUACGCUGACGCGCAUCGACGAGUUUAUCGACGAGCUCGAGUCGUACCACAACCCCAAGUCGUACGGCACGGGCGAGAACGAGUACUGGUCGGCGUACUGCCUGGCGUUCUUCCUGCGCGGUGUGGCGCUGCGCUUCGUGGCGUACCCGGAGCCGCAGACGCUCGUGCGUCUGCCCGCCGAGGACACGGUGGGCCCGAUCGAGGAGAUCCAGGCGGAUGCGGUGCAGUCGUUCAACAAGGUGUUUGAGCACGGCUCGAAGCUCGACGAGGUGGACAGGUAUCUGGUGUACUUUUCGCACUACGAGCUCGGCCGCCUGCGUGGGUGCAUGGGUCAAGACGAGGCAGCCAAGACCGAGUUCCGCAAGGUGCUGUCGGGCAAGCCGCUCGAGGCCAAGGGCAAGGGACUGAUCGGCGGCGGCAGCAAGGCCAACUAUCUGCUGAGCAACAUGUGCCAGGUGCGUGCGCACGCGGCGAUGGAGACGAUGCGCAUCCAGAAGUCGCGCAGCCGCGCGUCGUUCUUCCACGGCGCCGAGGGCUCGCUCGCAAGCCAGAGCAUCGCGUCCAAGUCGACGCGCAGCAACUCGCUCGCCAGCUCGGCGAGCCGCAGCAUGACGUCGCGCGGUACGUCCAUGUCGAGCCGCUCCGGUCGCGGCAGCAUCAAGUCGGGCACGUACGAUGCCGAGGAGGGCUACCGCGCCAAUGGCGGUAGUCGCCCACGUGCUGAUACCGGCAGGUCGCAGGGCACCGACUACUCGCGCAGGCGAUGA